UCUUCUGAUACCAUUACAGUCACAUCUUCUGACACAAUUACGGCGACCUCUUCUGAUACCAUUACAGUCACAUCUUCUGACACAAUUACGGCCACAUCUUCUGAUACAAUUACAUUAACAUCUUCUGACACAAUUACGGCCACAUCUUCUGACAGCAAUACACCCAUAUCUUCUGAUACCACUUCAGUCACAUCUUAUGACACGAUUACGGCGACAUCUUCUGAUACCAUUACAGUCACACCUUCUGACACAAUUCCGGCCACAUCUUCUGACAGCAUGACACCCACACCUUCUGAUACCAUAACAGUCACAUCUUCUGUCACGAUUACGGCGACUUCUUCAGAUACCAUUACAGUCACAUCUUCUGACACAAUUACGGCCACCUCUUCUGAUACAAUUACAGUCACAUCAUCUGACACAAUUACGGCCACAUCUUCUGAUACAAUUACAGUAACAUCUUCUGACACAAUUACGGCCACAUCUUCUGACAGCAUUACACCCACAUCUUCUGAUACCAUUACAGUCACACCUUCUGACACAAUUACGGCGACAUCUUAUGAUACCAUUACAGUCACAUCUUCUGACACAAUUACGGCCACAUCUUCUGAGAGCAUUACACCCACAUCUUCUGAUACCAUUACAGUCACAUCUUCUGAAACAAUUACGGCGACAUCUUCUGAUACCAUUACAGUCGCAUCUUCUGAAACAAUUACGGCCACCUCUUCUGAAACAAUUACAGUCACAUCAUCUGACACAAUUACGGCCACAUCUUCUGAUACAAUUAUAGUAGCAUCUUCUGACACAAUUACGGCCACAUCUUCUGACAGCAUUACACCCACAUCUUCUGAUACCAUUACAGUCACAUCUUCUGACACAAUUACGGCGACAUCUUCUGAUACCAUUACAGUCACAUCUUCUGACACAAUUACGGCCACAUCUUCUGAUACAAUUACAGUAACAUCUUCUGACACAAUUACGGCCACAUCUUCUGACAUCAUUACACCCACAUCUUCUGAUACCAUUACAGUCACAUCUUCUGACACAAUUACGGCGACAUCUUUUGAUACCAUAACAACAACAUCUUCUGACACAAUUACGGCCACAUCUUCUUACAGCAUUACACCCACAUCUUUUGAUACCAUUACAGUCACAUCUUAUGACACAAUUACGGCGACAUCUUCCGAUACCAUUACAGUCACAUCUUCUGACACAAUUCCGGCCACAUCUUCUGACAGCAUUACACCCACACCUUCUGACACAAUUACGGCCACAUCUUCUGAUACAAUUACAGUAACAUCUUCUGACACAAUUACGGCCACAUCUUCUGACAUCAUUACACCCACAUCUUCUGAUACCAUUACAGUCACAUCUUCUAACACAAUUACGGCGACAUCUUUUGAAACCAUUACAGCAACAUCUUCUGACACAAUUACGGCCACAUCUUCUGACAGCAUUACAUCCACAUCUUCUGAUACCAUUACAGUCACAUCUUAUGACACGAUUACGGCGACAUCUUCUGAUACCAUUACAGUCACACCUUCUGACACAAUUCCGGCCACAUCUUCUGACAGCAUGACACCCACACCUUCUGAUACCAUUACAGUCACAUCUUCUGACACGAUUACGGCGACUUCUUCUGAUACCAUUACAGUCACAUCUUCUGACACAAUUACGGCCACCUCUUCUGAUACAAUUACAGUCACAUCAUCUGACACAAUUACGGCCACAUCUUCUGAUACAAUUACAGUAACAUCUUCUGACACAAUUACGGCCACAUCUUCUAACAGCAUUACACCCACAUCUUCUGAUACCAUUACAGUCACACCUUCUGACACAAUUACGGCGACAUCUUAUGAUACCAUUACAGUCACAUCUUCUGACACAAUUACGGCCACAUCUUCUGAGAGCAUUACACCCACAUCUUCUGAUACCAUUACAGUCACAUCUUCUGAAACAAUUACGGCGACAUCUUCUGAUACCAUUACAGUCGCAUCUUCUGAAACAAUUACGGCCACCUCUUCUGAAACAAUUACAGUCACAUCAUCUGACACAAUUACGGCCACAUCUUCUGAUACAAUUAUAGUAGCAUCUUCUGACACAAUUACGGCCACAUCUUCUGACAGCAUUACACCCACAUCUUCUGAUACCAUUACAGUCACAUCUUCUGACACAAUUACGGCGACAUCUUCUGAUACCAUUACAGUCAUAUCUUCUGACACAAUUACGACCAUAUCUUCUGACAGCAUUCCACCCACAUCUUCUGAUACCAUUACAGUCACAUCUUCUGACACAAUUAUGGCGACAUCUUCUGAUACCAUUACAGUCACAUCUUCUGACACAAUUACGGCGACAUUUUCUGAUACCAUUACAGUCACAUCUUCUGACACAAUUACGGCCACAUCUUCUGACAGCAUUACACCCACAUCUUCUGAUGCCAUUACAGUCACAUCCACUGAGACAAAUACGGCGACAUCUUCUGAUACCAUUACAGUCACAUCUUCUGACACAAUUACGGCCACAUAUUCUGACAGCAUUACACCCACAUCUUCUGAUACCAUUACAGUCACAUCUUCUGACACGAUUACGGCGACAUCUUCUGAUACCAUUACAAUCACAUCUUCUGACACAAUUACGGCGACCUCUUCUGAUACCAUUACAGUAACAUCUUCUGACACAAUUACGGCCACCUCUUCUGAUACAAUGACAGUCACAUCAUCUGACACAAUUACGGCCACAUCUUCUGAUACAAUUACAGUAACAUCUUCUGACACAAUUACGGCCACAUCUUCUGACAGCAUUACACCCACAUCUUCUGAUACCAUUACAGUCACAUCUUCUGACACAAUAACGGCCACCUCUUCUGAUACAAUUACAGUCACAUCAUCCGACACAAUUACGGCGACAUCUUCUGAUACAAUUACAGUAACAUCUUCUGACACAAUUACGGCCACAACUUCUGACAGCAUUACACCCACAUCUUCUGAUACCAUUACAGUCACAUCUUCUGACACAAUAACGGCCACCUCUUCUGAUACAAUUACAGUCACAUCAUCCGACACAAUUACGGCCACAUCUUCUGAUACAAUUACAGUAACAUCUUCUGACACAAUUACGGCCACAUCUUCUGACAGCAUUACACCCACAUCUUCUGAUACCAUUACAGUCACAUCUUCUGACACAAUUACGGCGACAUCUUCUGAUACCAUUACAGUCACAUCUUCUGACACAAUUACGGCGACAUCUUCUGAUACCAUUACAGCAACAUCUUCUGACAAAAUUACGGCCACAUCUUCUGACAGCAUUACACCCACAUCAUCUGAUACCAUUACAGUCACAUCUUCUGACACAAUUACGGCGACAUCUUCUGACACAAUUCCGGCCACAUCUUCUGACAGCAUUACACCCACACCUUCUGGUACAAUUACAGUCACAUCUUCUAACACGAUUACGGCGACAUCUUCUGAUACCAUUACAGUCACAUCUUCUGACACAAUUACGGCCACCUCUUCUGAUACAAUUACAGUCACAUCAUCUGACACAAUUACGGCCACAUCUUCUGAUACAAUAACAGUUACAUCUUCUGACACAAUUACGGCCACAUCUUCUGACAGCAUUACACCCAAAUCUUCUGAUACCAUUACAGUCACAUCAUCUGACACAAUUACGGCGACAUCUUCUGAUACCAUUACAGUCACAUCUUCUGACACAAUUACGGCCACAUCUUCUGACAGCAUUACACCCACAUCUUCUGAUACCAUUACAGUCACAUCUUCUGACACAAUUACGGCGACAUCUUCUGACACAAUUCCGGCCACAUCUUCUGACAACAUUACACCCACACCUUCUGGUACAAUUACAGUCACAUCUUCUGACUCGAUUACGGCGACAUCUUCUGAUACCAUUACAGUCACAUCUUCUGACACAUUUACGGCCACCUCUUCUGAUACAAUUACAGUCACAUCAUCUGACACAAUUACGGCCACAUCUUCUGAUACAAUAACAGUUACAUCUUCUGACACAAUUACGGCCACAUCUUCUGACAGCAUUACACCCACAUCUUCUGAUACCAUUACAGUCACAUCUUCUGACACAAUUACGGCGACAUCUUCUGAUACCAUUACAGUCACAUCUUCUGACAUAAUUACGGCCACAUCUUCUGACAGCAUUACACCCACAUCUUCUGAUACCAUUACAGUCACAUCUUCUGACACAAUUACGGCCACAUCUUUUGAUACCAUUACAGUCACUUCUUCUGACACAAUUACGGCCACAUCUUCUGUCAGCAUUACACCCACAUCUUCUGAUACCAUUAUAGUCACAUCUUCUGACACAAUUACGCCGACAUCUUCUGAUACCAUUACAGUCACAUCUUCUGACACAAUUACGGCCACCUCAUCUGAUACAAUUACAGUCACAUCAUCUGACACAAUUACGGCCACAUCUUCUGAUACAAUUACAGUAACAUCUUCUGACACAAUUACGGCAACAUCUUCUGACAUCAUUACACCCACAUCUUCGGAUACCAUUAAAGUGACAUCUUCUGACACAAUUACGGCCACAUCUUCUGAUACAAUUACGGUCACAUCUUCUGACUCAAUUACGGCCACAUCUUCUGAUUUAAUUACAGUCACAUCUUCUGACACAAUUACGGCCACAUAUUCUGACAGCAUUACAAUAACAUCUUCUGAUACCAUUACAGUCACAUCUUCUGACACAAUAACGGCGACGUCUUCUGAUACCAUUACAGUCACAUCUUCUGACACAAUUACGGCCACAUCUUCUGAUACCAUUACAGUCACAUCUUCUGAUUCCAUUACAGUCACAUCUUCUGACACAAUAACGGUUACAUCUACUGACAGCAUUACACCCACAUCUACUGACACCAGUACAUUUAUAUUUACGUCAUCCAUUACACCAACAUCUACUGAAUCCAUUACACUUAUAUCUGCUUCAUCCCCAACACCAACAUCUACUGCAUCCACUACCCUAAUAUCUACUGCAUCAACUUUACCAACAUCUUUGGAAUCCACUACACUUAUUUCUACUUCAUCAACUAGUCAAAUACCUAUUGCAAGUACAACACUUACACCUACGACGACUGCAACACCGGAGACUCAAGCACGUGCUGUUUUUUUGGAGUAUGGAUUAUCAACUGGGGACCAGGCCUCCCCCGCCGCUGACGAUACGUGUAUAGUGGUGAUCAAUCUGGGAUAUCGGGUACCAUUCCGCGGUCUCGGUAAUGCUAACGUGAACGCUAAGGUGAAGGGAUUUGUUAACGAAAGCUAUGGCGAGGCAAAGUUCGAGCCCAUCUAUGUGCUGAAGGCCACGUGGAAUGCGGCAAAAAGAUUUGGAGGAAAUGAUAUUGUUACGUUCCAAGUCAUAUUUACAAGCAACGGGACACAUUCGUACUCGUUCAACUGGUACUAUGACGGCGGAAUGCUUGAUUCGUUUGACUCACCAUUUAUUGGUUACAUCGCUGACGGUUACUAUGAGGGCCUUGACAACACAGAAGACGGCAGUUUCUUACGACGAGCUGAUAAAAAUCUAAAACUUAACAGAAAUACAAAUCUUUUCGCUAACGAUCAACUUGAAUGCAACAUCUGGUACAAGAAAGAGAAAUCCAAGGUAUCCAUUCAUAGGAACAUGGAAUUCCGAAUGCCUGUUUGUCCUUGCUUUUAUGAUUGGUUGCGAUGGGACCGGAGCUUCAGUUUGUGGGACGCCACUUGGCACUCGACUAACGUCAUCCACGUACCUAUGGAACCCGCGCGACGGUUAUGGCCAUAUGGAAAGUCAUGUGCCUAUAGUGCAUUCACCGGUUCCUUCAUCGGAUUUGGGUUAGAAGCUGGCACGUUUGCUUCUUUCAAUCGGUUGAUAUCUUCCCGCAGCCAUCAGUUGGAGGACCUGCACUUUAAAGAUGUGUGUUGUGAGAGGACAGAUCUUUGUGGUCUGUACUGGGAAGUCAGGCCUCUCGUUUCGCAAUGUUACUCGUGGUUCCCGUUCUCUCUGCGAGCCCGAGGAGUUGGUGAUCCUCACUUUAACACGUUAGAUGGCGCGAACUACACCUUCAACGGCCAUGGCGAAUACGUGUUGAUGAAAAUAAUUGAACAAGGUUUAGCCCUCGAGAUCCAGUGCCGAACACGGCGAGCAAAGAAAGUCACAGGCGAUCUCUCUGACGCUACCGUGUUCUCCGGCUUUGCGAUACAGGGCGAUGGAGUCUGGUUGCAAGUGGAGCUGAACGAGGCUGGGGACAAGACACAGCUUUUCGUGGGCACGAGUAAUACCUCGUGGGCGGACUAUACGAAUGACUACUACAAAAAUGAAACUAUGGUUAUCAAAUCGGACACGGGACUGACCGUGACAAGAAACAUGUCUGAAAAAACGAUUUGGGCUUUCUUCAGUGAUUCAGGCUCGUGUAACAUUUAA